AUGAGGUCGUUUUCGUUGCUCUUCGCUGCCAUCCCAUUGGCCUCGGCUCACGUGUAUGCCCGUGCCCCUGAUGGUCUUGUCAAGGCCAAUGAUUUCAACUACACCGAUCUCGGCGGUCCUCUCAACUGGUAUGCCCUAAACACCUCGGCCAACGAGGCCUGCUCAAAUGGCCAUCAUCAGUCACCUAUCGAUAUCGUCACCGACGCCAGCGACUAUACUCCCGUCAGCUCUCUCAAUUUUACUGUCUCGACUGUCGAUAGCGCCAGGUUCGAGAACUUGGGCUCUGGUUUGGAAGUUGUCAUCACCAAUGGGUCUUUGGUCGCCAAUAAUAAGACCUUCCCUCUCGCCCAGUUCCAUUUCCAUACCCCCAGCGAGCAUCGUGUCAAUGAGGAAUAUUUCCCUAUGGAAUGCCACUUUGUGUUUCAGACUGAAGCCAAGGAAAUCGCUGUCAUCGCCUUCUUGAUGGAACUUUCCCCCUUUGGCUACACGACCCCUCUCUUCGACCACGUGUUUGCUCACCUCGAUGACAUCGCCUCCCCUGGCACAUACACCGAGACCGACAAACUGGAUUUCUCUGGUCUGAUUGAACACUUCAACAGCCAUGGGGUCUAUUCCUACAACGGAUCCCUCACCACCCCUCCGUGCAGUGAGAAUGUGCCUUGGUAUGUCAGCACUGAGCCUUUGCACGUCAAUGUGCAGCAAUACCGUGCUGUCAAGAGCGUGCUCAAGUUCAAUUCUCGUUACACCCAGAAUGCUAUUGGGCAGCCCAAUCUCUUGCAGGUUUCUGCCAAGGAGGUGACCAAGCAGUAA